AUGCCGUCCGUGGAGAUGUCCCCGGAGGAUGAAGCGACGCUGACGCGCAUGCGCCGCGACGUCAUCGGCCACGGAUCCACGUUCUCCGGCGCGUACGGCGAGAAGCUCAUGGUCUACGCCGACUGGACCGCCUCCGGCCGGGCCCUGCGCAGCGUCGAACGCAAGAUCCGUCGAGACGUCCUGCCCCUCUACGCCAACACGCACACGUCGACGUCGACCACGGGGGCGCAGAGCAGCUGCUUCAGGCAGGAGGCGCGGCAGGUGGUGGCGCAGUGCGUCAACGCGCGGGUGAGCUACAGCGACAAGCACAGCGACGUGGUAAUCUUCGCCGGGAGCGGCAGCACCGGCGCGGUCGAUCGACUCGCGCGAGCGCUCGGCGCGCACGUUCCGCUGCCCCGCGGGGCCCCGAGACGCGCCCGUCCCGUCGUCUUCGUCGGCCCGCACGAGCACCACAGCAACCUCCUCCCGUGGCGCGAAUCCUGCGCCAUCGUCGUCACCAUCCCGGAGGAUUCGCGCACCGGCGGGCCGUGCGUGCGCGCCCUUACCGCCGCCCUGGGACGGUACGCCAACCACCCGACCCUCAUCGGCUCGUUCAGCGCCGCUUCCAACGUCACCGGCGUCCUCGCCGACGUGAACGCAAUCACGGAGACGUUGCACUUACACGGCGCGCUGGCGUUCUGGGACUACGCCGCCGCGGCGCCGUACGUGGACGUGGACAUGAACCCCGUAGUCUUCGACCCUCACACGGGCGCUCUCAACCCGCACGUGUACAAAGACGCGAUUUUUAUAUCGCCGCAUAAGCUCCCGGGCGGACCGGGGUCGCCCGGGGUGCUCGUGGCGAAGCGCUCUCUGUUCCAGAACGACGUGCCGAGUACGCCGGGCGGCGGGACGGUGUUCUUCGUGACGGGCGCCGAUCACAGGUACCUGAGCAACCGGGUUGAGCGCGAGGAAGGCGGGACGCAGGACAUCGUGGGAUCGGCGAGGGCGGGGCUGGCGUUCCAGGUGAAGGCGGCGGUGGGCCCGGGCUUGAUCGCGCGGGCGGAGUCGAGGCUCCGGGACGUGUUGUUCGGGUCGCUGGCGGCGAACGCACGGAUCGGCGAUUUUUCCGGCAAAAUCGGGAGGCUUCCCAUAGUCUCCUUCCUCGUCCGCGCCCCCGCGUUCGACGCCGGCGACGGCGCCGGGCCCACAUCGCGGUUCCUCCACCACUCGUUCGUGUGCGCGGUGCUCAACGACGUCUUCGGCGUCCAGGCGCGCGGGGGAUGCGCCUGCGCGGGACCUUACGCGCACGCGCUAUUGGGCAUCGACGAAUCCGCCUCCGCCGCGCUCGAAGCGCACCUGCUGGACAAGGCUGAGGUGUUGCGUCCGGGGUUCGCGCGCGUGUCGCUGCCGUACUUUGCGAGCGUACGCGAGAUCGAGUACGUCGCGAACGCGAUUCACGCGGUGGCGAAUCACGCGUGGCGGCUUCUUCCGAUGUACAGGGUGGACGCCAAGACUGGGGAGUGG